AUGGGAAACGAUGAUGUAGCAAUCAAGCAUCCGAAGGAGUAUUCGCAUGCCAAAUUUUGGAUUAAGGAUUUACGCCCUCCUCUUGGAAUUGAAAUCGCUCGUUCAGAAUUGGGAAUCUCGCUUAGCCAGCAAAAAUUUAUUCCGGAGAUUAUAUCAGAAACAAGCCUUUCGGGGUGCAAACCAGCGGUGAUUCUAGUUGAGCAAAACAUUACAUUGACUACAACAGAAUUUGAUAUUGGGGCACAUUCCGAAAUCAAUGAUCCAUUGCUCGGUGAUCCGUCCGCUUAUCGAAGGUUAGUUGAGAAACUCAUAUACCUCACCAUGACAAGGCCGGAUAUUUCCUAUGUUGUGCAGACGCUUAGCCAAUUCAUGCAAAACCCAAAGGAGUCUCACAUGAAUGCGGUCCUGAAGGUUGUAAAGUAUUUGAAGAAUUGUCCAGGACUUGGGAUACUUCUUUCCAGAGACCGCAACAUGGAGAUGACGGCUUAUCGCGACACGGAUUAUGCCACAUGUCCUAUGAACCGAAGAUCGCUAAUAGGUUUUUGCAUUAAACUCGGAAGUUCUCUAAUAUCGUGGAAGAUGAAGAAGCAAUCGACUAUGUCUUUAUCUUUAGCCAAGGCAGAAUAUCGAGCCAUGGCCAAGAUAGUCUCUGGAAUAGUAUGGGUAUGA